GUUUUUCACAGUCACGUGUGCAAACCCAGAAGUCUGUCGAGCACGCUGCUUGGACUACAUCACCACCAUUUGUAGUUGUAUUAAUACCAUAUUGCUACUUGAAAAAUAUAUAUAUAUUUUCAGUUCAGAUCAGUUAGACAGUACAUGAAUUCAUGGCGCUGGAGGUCGACUUUAUAGCCGGGCAGUUUGAUGACGCAGAAGAUGUAGACAGCAGUAGCCAAUCACAAGUGUCGACUGUAGAACGUCACGAGAAUCAAGUCAGUCUGCAAAAUGAUUAUGAUGAUGAUGAUGAAGAAUAUGAAGAUGGGGAUGAUGGAGAAGAUGACGAGUGGUCGUGGCCUGCAGCAGGAAGUGACCUCACCAAACGUUACAACAGGGCCACUCUCAGUCAAGCUAACAAACAGAAUUCGUCAAAUCAUACACUAGUGUCGUCCAAACAGACAGACAGAUCCCUUAGGAGGUUUGAACACAAGAUCAACCUGGAUAAACUGAAUUUUGCAGACUCCGUAAUCAAUAAAGUGACGACUAUGCAGAAGCAGAAGGAUGCAGACACGUACCGAGUAAAGGACAAAGCAGAUCGGGCCACAGUGGAACAGGUUUUAGAUCCACGAACUCGAAUGAUUCUCUUCAAGAUGUUAAGCCGAGGAAUCAUCUCAGAAAUCAACGGGUGCAUCAGCACAGGGAAAGAGGCUAAUGUUUACCACGCUACCACUGCCGGUGGAGAUGAUCGAGCCAUCAAAAUCUACAAGACGUCCAUCUUGCACUUCAAGGACCGUGACAAAUACGUCAGUGGAGAGUUCAGGUUUCGUCAUGGUUACUGUAAAGGAAACCCCAGGAAGAUGGUGAGAACCUGGGCCGAGAAGGAGAUGAGGAACCUGAUCAGGUUGCAGACAGCUGGGAUUUUGAGUCCAGAACCUCUGCUGCUUCGGAGCCACGUUCUGCUGAUGAGCUUCAUUGGAAAAGACAACAUGCCCGCCCCGCUGCUCAAGAACGCGGUUCUGUCGGAGUCCAAGGCUCGGCAGCUGUAUCUGCAGGUUGUACACCACAUGAGGAAAAUGUUCCACGACGCUCGACUCGUCCACGCCGACCUCAGCGAGUUCAACAUGCUAUAUCACCACGGAGACGCUUAUAUCAUCGACGUGUCUCAGUCGGUGGAACACGAUCAUCCGCACGCGCUGGACUUCCUAAGAAAAGACUGCAGCAACGUCAACGACUUUUUUGUGAAGCACGGCGUUGCGGUGAUGACGGUACGGGAGCUUUUUGACUUCAUCACCGACCCAUCAAUCACCGCUCAGAACAUGGAUCAGUACCUGGAGAAGAUGAUGGCCAUCGCGUCUGAUCGAACAUCGGUGCAGCGGUCGGAUCAGGACCGUGUUGACGAGGAGGUGUUCAUGAAGGCGUACAUUCCCCGAACCCUGACCGAGGUCAGUCACUACGAGCGAGACUUCGACCUGGUCAGAAUGAAAGAGGAGGAGUCGGCCAUCAGUGGAUGUGACGACAGUGUUCUGUAUCAGACGCUAACAGGACUGAAGAAGGACCUGUCCGGAGUUCAGAUGAUCCCGGCCCUGCUGGAGGACGCCGAGUCCUCGUCCUCAGAGGAGGAUCAGGAUGAUGAGGAUGAAGAGGAUGAGGAUGAAGAGGAUGAGGAUACUCAGCUGCAACCUGGCGAUGUGCCCAUGAUGGACAAAAAGGAGAGGAAGAAGCUUGUGAAAGAAGCUCAGAGAGAAAAGAGGAAGUCCAAAGUAGCAAAACACGUGAAGAAGAGGAAAGACAAAGUGGCCAAGAGCAAGAAAGGCAGAUGAGGAGCACAGCAUCACAACAUCACAUAGAAUUUGAAUGUGGAAGUUAGGGCUGCACGAUUAUGGUCAAAAUAAUGAUCACAAUUAUUUUUAUCCAUAUUUAUUGAUCAUGAUUAUUCAUUAUGAUAAGUAAAACAGUGUACACUACAGUUCGACAAUCUACAUGUGGUAAUGAGAUCCCGGAGGAAAGAAGUUGUGAGUGUGAUGUCAUCAUGUAACUUGUGAUGAGUUAAAUAAAUAUUAACCAUAUAUAUAAAAUAGGGCUGUCAAUUGAUAUUUUUAAAAAUCAGAUUAAUCAUAUUUUGAAAUAUCGAUUAAUCACAGAUGUUUACUCACUUUCAUAUUUAAAAUGUUUGAGAAAAGACCACAUUUUUUGUACAAAAAUACAAUGUUAGAAUGUCAUCUAGGAUCUUUUUAAAACGUUUUACUUGAAUGCAUGUCAUUUCUUUACACAAUACUCGGAAACAUUUUUUUCAAAAUUUCUUUCAGGCUGUAGUUCAAACUGAAAUUUGCAUGCAAACACAUCAGUUGGACGUCCUUACUCAUUUUUGUACUGACGUGUUGAUAUGAUCACUAACUGUAUAGCAGUUAAGGUAGAAGAGCUCUUACGGGCAAAAUAAAUUGCAAUUUAAGUCCAUUCAUCCAUCCAUCUUUCGCUUAUCCAAGGUCGGGUUGCAGGGGCAGCAGCCUAAGCAGAGAAGCCCAGACAUUCCUCUCCCCAGCCACCUAGUCCAGCUUUUCUCGGGGAAACCUCUGGCGUUCCCAGCCCAGCUAGGAAGCAUCGUCUUAAGUGUCCACAUUUGUCGACAUGAUUAAUGUGAUCAUUUUAUUGUGAUUAAUCACAUGAGUUAACUCGUUAAUAUUGACAGAUCUGAAUUAAAGAUACAUCUUUGUGUUUUUGUUCAUUUUGUUCAUAAUUAACAUUUCAUCUUAUCUCAUUAGAUGCCUUUCUUAGGGCCUUAAAAACACAGCCAUAAUCGGUGAAUGGGACACCCCCGCUUAAACUGGUCUUACAUUUGAUCAUUUGUAGUGUGAAAAAUGUAUAUUAAAUGACAAAAUACCAAAAUAUAGCAUUAUUUGCUGAAACGAUAGUACCGGUACUUUUGGGAAAGAGUCCUAUACUUCCGCAUUUCCUUAAUUCAAAAUACUUGGCGCAAAUUAGACAGAAAGGUGUUUCCAUGCAGUCUCAAUAACGACGGCUAGCCGUUAGUCCUGCUAGUAGGACUCUAAGGAGACAAGCAGAGCAGCAUGUUGUGUGGGCGUCCACACAUGUCGCGGCGUCGCCGCAAGGACCCGAACACCUUGUGUGGUGUUAGGGUCUGUGGGACCCGUUUUCAUUCUUUAUUAAAAGAAAAAUGAUGCAAUUAAUUAAUUUUUCAAAAUGCGACUCACUGACUUUGGCUCAUUUUCUGUGAAGAACAUAUAUCAGAAUACAUAUUUAAUGACCACAUAUCAUACACCCCCAACACAUUUCUACUACAUAGAAGGCUAAUAGAAGUGUGGAAAUUGAUGUUCUAUGUAACACACACGCACACACACACACACACACACACACACAGCAGACCUAGACAGGAGAAGGACAGAGUGUAGGUACACAAAACAUCAGAGGGUCAAAUGUGCGAGAAAAUGAGAGCAGACAGUAUUAAAAAACAAUGUUGCAACCUUGUGUGGGAACCGCAGGUGCAGAAACACAAAAGAAGAAUCCCUGUGGAAUGCAGAAACUAUCAGAGAAAUUUUCCAUGCAACGUUCAUAUUGCUCUUACUCAGUCAGCGUUUGUGGUUCUGAAGGACCUGUUGCAUUUUAUUGGCUUUUAAUGCCUCACAAUCAAACACUUUUAUGUUAAAAUACUGAAUAGAUGUUUACCUUAUCCCAAUAAACAUUUGGUUUGAUGGACCCGUUGCAUUUUGUGCCUUUUAAUGCCUCACAAUGAAACACUUUCAUGUUAAAAUACUGAACAGAUGUUUAUUGGGAUAAAGUAAACAUCUGAACAGAUGUUUAUUGGGAAAAGGUAAACAUCUGUUCAGUAUUUUAACAUAAAAAUGUUUCAUUGUGAGGCAUUAAAUGCCCAAAAAUGCAACAGGUACAUCAGAACCACAAAUGCUGACUGAGUAACCACAAUAUGAAAAUUGCACAACGGUUACUAACAGCAAUGCAGUCUUUUAACGCACGCCUAGGAAUUUACAGAUUAGAAACGAAGUGACCGGCUGCAGCAGCCUGGGACGAGUUUUUUGAUGCGGCGUGGUCAUGAAGAUCUGUGCGCAUACACAUUGACCUCUGGCUUGGGCAGGAGCCUUUCAUGGGGACCAGCAGAUGUUGCUUUCUGCUGUGCGCCUGUAAAAGUGUGUGAUUUGAUAUGCAGUGGAGCCUACUUUAUAUCGCUGACGAUCACCAUCAUUUAAUCAAAAUUGUGAUCAUGAUUACAAUUGUAUUAAUUGGCUCACAUUUGUGACACUAGCCAAUCACAGCCUAUAUUUGUUGUGCGGUCAAGUAAGGCCUCUAAAAAUGAAAAGUCAUUCUUAUAAAUGUUGUAUGACAUUAA